AUGGCAAUUCUCAUACCACACAUCCCCUCGCUCCUCCAGCUUCCGGCAUAUCUCGCCUGGCCAUUGACCGUCGUGAUCUUGGCAACACUUCCCAUCAUCCUGUACGCCACCUACAACCUCACUCUGCACCCGCUGCGCGUUGUCCCGGGCCCGAAACUCUGGGCCGCAACACAGAUCCCUUACACCCUCGCCUGGCUAUCGGGACACCUCCCAAAGGUCGUGCACGCGCUACACGAACAGCACGGCGAUGUCGUCCGCGUGGCGCCCAACCGGCUCUCCUUCACGCAUCCUGAUGCGUAUCACGCCGUGCGCGGCCAUCGCAAGAGCGGACAGGGUGAGCACGGGAAGGAACCAUCGUUUUAUUUCAUCUCGACCAAGAACAUUCUGGGUGCGUCGCGCAAUGACCAUACGCGAUAUCGCCGCGCCCUGGCGCACGGGUUUUCGGCCAAGACUAUGCAGGACCAGCAGCCGUUGAUUACGCGGUACGUGGACUUGUUGAUGCAGCGUUUGCAGGAGAAGACCACCGUAGAUUCGACCGGGGCGAAGGAGACAAAAGGGGACGCGACAGGACGAAAGGAAGCCGUGGUCAACCUGGCCGCGUGGUUCAACUACACGACAUUUGAUGUCAUCGGCGACCUGGCGUUUGGCGAACCGUUCGGUUGUCUUGAGGAGUCUCAGUAUCACCCAUGGGUCGAAGCCAUCCUCCUCGGCGUCAAACAGUUCGGCGUGAUGACUUCGCUGCAGUGGUAUUGGCCGGGACUAUUGGGGUUGGUCAAAAAGCUUGCCCCGCGCGGUUACAUUGGGCGACACACGGACAUGCAGGCUGAGUAUUCCCGGCAAAGGAUCGCGCGGCGGCUGGCCCUGGACACAGAGCGGCCGGACUUUGUGGAAGCCAUGACCACGGCCAAAGCGAGUGACGGGCGGACGCUUACGAUGGAAGAGAUGUGUUCCAACGCACGGAUGUUGGUCAUUGCCGGGAGUGAAACCACGGCGACGGCACUGGCCGGUGCGGCGUACUUCUUAGCGAAGCACCCGGAGGUGCAGCGGAAGUUGGCACAGGAGGUCCGGUCGAGCUUUACGUCGGAGGCCGAGAUCGAUUUCUUCUCCGUCAAUAAGCUCAACUAUUUGCUAGCUGUGCUGGACGAAUCGAUGCGGAUGUUUCCCCCGGUGCCGAAUCAGCUCCCGAGGAAGAGCCAGGUGGAUGAUGCUAUCUGCGGAUAUCACGUUCCGGGUGGCACUGCUUUCGACAUCUUUCCGUGGGCAAUGUCUUAUAGCUCCCGCAACUUCGCUUUUGCCCAGGAUUUCAUCCCGGAGCGUUGGCUCGACGACUCGAAGCAGCAUUUCGACAAGAGCCGGCAAAGUGCGCUGCAGCCGUUCUCGGUUGGACCGCGGAACUGUAUUGGAAAGAACCUUGCAUAUGUAGAAAUGCGCUUGAUUCUCACCAGGCUGAUUUGGAAUUACAAUUUGGCCUUUGGCGAUGACGAAGCAAAAGAGUUCCUCGACUGCAGGAGCUUCAACUUGUGGAUGAAACGGCCGCUGAACUUGCGGUUGAUCCCGAUUACGGUGUAG